AGCGAUAGUUAAAAGAAAUGGGUUGUUUACAACCAAAAUAGCAUACAAGAAUAGUACCAAUGUAAACUAGUCAUAAUGAUUCAGUAUUUACUUCAACAACAGACAUUCAUUCUCUUUACAAUUUUGGUAAAGUACUUGGAAUAGGUUCUUUUGGUAAGGUUGUUUAAGCAACAAUGAAAAAUAAUUCAAUGAAACAAUAUGCCAUUAAGAUUAUAGACAAAAACAAUCUUCAUGGAAAAGAAACUUAAUUGGCUAAUGAAAUAUAUACAUUAAAAAAAUUAGAUCAUCCAAACAUAAUUAAGUUUUAUGAAGUCUAUUAAAGUGAGAUAUAUAUUUAUAUAUGUAUGGAAUAUUGUGAAGGAGGUGAGUUAGUAGAAAGGAUAGCAAAACAACAAAUAAAUUUAACCGAACACUAAGUAUAAAGAAUAAUAUCAAAAGUAUUCAAUAUUCUUUAUUUAGAUAUGUUCAGCUAUUGUUUAUAUUCAUGAAAAAGGAAUAGUACAUAGAGAUAUAAAAGCAGAGAAUAUUUUAUUUACUGAAUAAAGUUUAUAUUCAGAGCCUAAAUUAAUUGAUUUUGGAUUUGCAAAUAAAUUUGAUAUUGUGCAUAGAAGAAGGAAAUUGAAAACUUUUAUAGGAACACCUUUAUAUAUGCCACCAGAAGUGAUAGAAGGAGAUUAUGAUGAAAAAUGUGAUGUUUGGAGUUUAGGGGUUCUUCUUUAUAGUCUUUUAUGUGGAUUUCCUCCAUUUGUUGGAUAAUCAAAAGAGAAAUUAUUUCAAAAUAUUAGAGUUAAAGAUAUUAAAUUUGAAUCUAAAGUUUGGAAUACUAUUUCAUAAGAAGCUAAGGAUUUACUUAGUUAAAUGCUUUCUAAAGAUCCUUAAUAAAGACUUUCUGCAAAAUAAUGUUUAGACCAUCCUUGGUUUUAAACAAAAUACAAUCCUUCUUUAUUACUUAUUGAUAAAAUGAAAAAUACAUAAAUAUAAUAAGAUCGUACUAUUUAUUAAAUGUUAAAAACUUAUAGAGGGGGAGCUAAAUUUAAAAAAGAAGUUACUAAAGUGCUAAUUAAUUAAAUGAAUGAAUCUGAAUUAUAACAUUUAAAACAGAUUUUUUCUAAAAUUGAUGUUGAUAAUUCAGGAACUAUCACUGUUGAAGAACUUAAAGCAGCAUUAAUAAAAGAAGGUUCAAUUGUUACUCAUUGGGAAAUUGAACAAUUAAUAUAAACAAUUAUUUUAGAAGAAGAUGAGGGCAUUUAAUUUACAGGAGAAUAAGAAGGUAAUUAAUUUUUGGAAAUUAAAUCUCCUAAACCAUUGAUGAUUAAAUAUACUGAUUUCUUAGCUGCUUGUAUUGAUUAAAGAAAAUUAUUCACUAGAGAGAGAGUAUUGUUCAAUAUAUUUAUAUUAGUUAUGGUCUUUGUUUAAAUAUUUCGACACUUUAAAUGUUGGCCAUAUUCAAAAAGAUGAUAUCAGAGAAGCAUUAGCUAGACAUGGCAGAUAAAUCUCGGAAAGUAAUCUAAACGAAAUGAUUAAUGAAAUCAAUCCUAAUAAUAAUAAUUAAAUUUCAUUUGAUGAAUUUUGUUAAAUGAUGUGUGAUUAAGGAAUAGAUAAAACUAUGAAUAUCAAAGAUGAAUUUAAAGAACCACCAUCAAGAGUAGAUUGA